CCAAUCACAUUAUUGUCUCUAAUCAAAGAUAACUUCUGUAGCACAACACUUUUUAUCUCAACGUGUAAGAUACCUAGCAAUUUAAAGAAUGUGUCAUCGAUGCAAGAAUUCGGAGAUAGCGUAGUACUUAAAUCAAUCGUUUCGAAAGCUUACAAGCGCGCAGAUGUAGAAAGAAAACAAAGUGAUCAGUGAUUGUAGUAUUCUCACACCGAAAUGUACCAUUUUCCAGAUAUUUUGGUUUUCCUGUGUUUAUUCGCGAGUGGUUGCUUCUUCGGCUAUUACUGCAAACAUGCUUACGUCUACGAUAACCUGUGGGUGCAUUGGCACGCCUUGCUUGGGGGCGUUGUAGCUGUGGCUUUGGCAGGCGGCUUAACAUUGCGCAAAUAUUUAAAACGCCAGCACAGUUAUGAUCACUUCUAUGUGAUUUUCUACGGCCUGAUAUGCUACCUUAUCAGUUGUUGCUUCAUGCUGACGGGCAACUUAAAUAUUUGCUUUUACUUCGGCUUCAUCGGCAUUGGCACUACGCUCAUUCCCUGCUAUAGCUAUAUUAGUUUGCGUAGCUCGUCGCGUGGCCUGCGUCCGGCGCGUAUAGCUUUUGGGAACGCACUGUAUUGCGCCGGCUUUACGGUGGGCUUUAGCGUAUUCAACGAGUUCGAACCGAUCUAUUGCGGUUGGAUCUAUUUAGGUAUUUCGCUCUUUAUGCUCGCCGGUGUUGUGAUGAAUGAGGUGCUACAACAUAUGGGUGUACAUAAUUAUAAGGUUUCUUUCGAUUUGGCAUUCAAUUUACUGAAUGAGGAGAAACUUGUGUUCCUGCCGAAUAAAUCGAUAUAUGCGCUUUUUGUGGGUCGUGAUGACUACUACGUGAAGCGCAAUCGCCAAUGGUUGGUUGUGGGCGUCGCCGCGGUCUUGGUGUUGGAGCGCGCGCUGCUAUACUCUUCAUCGUAUCUGCAGUUGGCUUGGAGCUCUACUUUUGCGUAUAUGGCAACGCAGCAUUUGUAUGGAUCAUAUCUGCUCUACACGCUCGGUUGUACGUUGGGUUGCGCUUUAAUGGCGCGUUACAAGUCAAAAUUGUUGUACCUAAUGUUUGGCGUCAUCAAAAUUACGGCCCUCUCCGCGUUAAUGGGUGUUUACGUCGAAAAUUCCACAGAGCAAUGCUUCUAUUUUCUGUGCUUCUACUAUACCUGCAUCGGCGUGUAUUCUAGUGUUGCUUUUCAGCUUGUGCUCGAAUGUACGCCCUUGCUUUAUACAGAGUUAGCUCUCGCUGUCGCCUAUGAUAUAGAACUGCUGGUUUUGGAAGUCUUAAAGUACGAAACGUUGGCAGAUGACAAUUGGCAAGAGUUGCUAAGGAUCGGCAUAUUCAGUAUACUAUUGACUGCUGUCUGUAUUGCUCUUGUGUGUAUUUUUGUACCUCGCUCACGUGGUCUCAUUGAGAUGCGCAAUAAACUAAUGGGUGUGAGAAAGCGGCAACCAUCGACGCCAGCACAAACUAAGCUAUGGAAUACUAAUUAUUUUAUAUACCACAAUCUACAACCGGACGAUGUGCGUUGUGUGAAGUUGGACGGCAACCGUGUGUUUCAGCAGUACCCGAAAGAAUCAGAGGCGAGCGAGGAGCUGCCUAAGAUAGGUGAGCGCCUUGCGAGUAUUUGUUCAGGAAAGGGAAGUUUCUACUGAGGAAAAUCUGUUGUUAUUAAACGCUCCCAAAAAAUUUCAAAAUUAUCAUAUUUUUACGAUUAUUACCAAAAUCUAAGCUAUAAUAAAAAAUAAUAAAAAUUGACUAAUAAAAAGA